AUGACAUCUCUCCUUCGAUCUGCUCUUCCAUCCAUAUCUCGCCCCUUUCCUAUCCGAUCACUAUCCACCUUCUCUCCCCUCCUAUCCAAAAACGCACCAUCCUUCUCUCGACCUGGUCCUCCACCUCUCCCGCCAUCCGACCAAGCAGAGUUCGAAGCUCUGAUCAAAGCGAACGAGACGAUUGGCGCCUCGCCCGAUAUAGUUGACAAUCCCCAAAAGGGGAUCAAGGCAUCGGAGGAGUUGCACAAGGACGUUAGGAGAGGACCAAGACCCGAUUUCGAGGGUGAUGUCAAUCCCAAGACGGGCGAGAGAGGAGGGCCGAAGAGUGAUCCGUUCAAGGCUGGGGAUCAGGAUUGGAGUUAUGCAGGGAGAGUUACGGUGAGUUUGAGUGAUAUCUGGGAUCUCAAGGUGAGGAGGAGAACGCUGAUGUUUUGUCUUCGAUCAUGA